AUGCAGGGCUCCUAUGCUGAACUUGAGCGGAACAUGGUGGAGACAAUGCAGCUGAAUAUACAAUCUUUCUUAGUCCAAUGUGAGGACAACUCCGUGAAUGAAACACAUGCACAUGUGGAAAAUUCAGUAGAUGAAAUGCGUCAGAAAAUAUAUUCAUUAUUAGCAGAAUUUGAAAACAGCGCUAUUAAGGAAAAUAAAGAAGAGCUGACACUGAAACAAGCUCCUCUCCUUAGUGUGAUCAACACCUGCAUCAGACAUCACAUUGAAUUGUUGCGAGUCUAUGAAGCUUUGCGGAAAGUGAAGGAUCGAACAGAACUCUCGUUAAUAACCGGUUACAAAUGUCAGGACAAAAUACAACAGUCUGAGAUAUAUAUGAAUGAGAACUUUUCAGACGAGGUAUUUACUAUUCAGGGAAAGUCCACCCACAAUGUGAGAAUGUCAAGUGAUUCAAAGACAUGCUGGAUCACAGCUAUGCUUGUUCUUCCAGAUGGACAGUUCUUGGUUGCAGACUGGGGUAAUCAUAAAGUCAAGCUGCUGAACCAGCAGUACCAGGUGGUGAGUCACUGUGGUGUGAGCGCACAGAGUAUUUGCCAGAUCACACCCAGUGAGGUUGCAGUGACUGUGGAUGACUGGAUUAACACACAUGAGGUCCAGUUUAUCACAUUCAACCAGAGCCAGCUUGUGACAGGAAGACACUUUAAGUUACAACAUAGCUGUUAUGGUAUUGCCCGUCACCAUGGUGACCUGUUCAUCUGUUCUGGUAAUGCUUUGUUCAAGUACUCACUAAGUGGGGAACUGGUCUGCAAACUAUAUGAGGAUGCAUCAGGUUUGGUUACAGUGUAUGGGUUUGCCAUGAGUCACACAGGAGACAAGCUGUACAUAACCAGCCCAUCUAAUCACAAGCUCUACACCCUGGCCCGGGAUGGAACACUCCUGGCUGUCUUCACAGACCCAGAACUAAAAUACUUACAGAAUGUAUAUGUGACCCCUGCAGGCCAGGUGCUGGUCUGUGGAAUGCUGUCCCACACUAUAUUACAGGUGGACAGCGAGGGAAAGAGGAAGCUGGUAACUCUGGUUUCAGUGAGGGAUGGAGUGGGGAGACCAUGCUCAGUAUGCUACAGCAGCACCACAUCAGCCAUCAUUGUGGGACUGUUGGGGGACGACAACAUCAUGGUGUUCAGAGUGGAAUAG